AUGGAUCGUGAAUCAUUACUGCAUCUCAUUGAGUCGGACAGGAACUCACACAUUGCCUUUUUACAAGAGGUUGUUCAGGCUCCAUCUCCCAACCCUCCUGGCGACACUACUCAGGUUGCAUCAGUGAUAUCCAAAUUUUUGCGAGAGAAAAAUAUACCCUUCGAUACACUGGUUUAUAAGGAUGAAUGUCCGAAUAUUGUUAGUGAAUUUUCCGGCGCGGCAGGUACAGGACCCAGAGUGGCUAUGAACGGCCAUAUGGAUGUUUUUCCUGUAGGAAAUGAUCACUCUGGGUGGAAGCACGGCGGUCCAUGGUCCGGAUACAAUGACGGCAACGCAAUUUACGGGCGUGGUACAGUCGACAUGAAAGCCGGGACUGUCGCCUCAAUUAUUGCUUAUGCGUAUCUAUAUUCUCUGCGAGACAAGUUGAAAGGCAGCAUUGCACUUAGUGUCGUGUCAGAUGAGGAGACAGGGGGUAGGCAUGGUAGCCGGUGGCUCUUGGAUACAUCCAAGGAGCAAUGGGGAGGUGACUGUAUGAUCAAUGCCGAGCCAGGUGGCCUCCAAUCAGUCCGCUUUGGCGAGAAAGGAAGCCUCCGGAUGACUUUUACCAUUCACACCAAGGGUGCACACGGGGCUUACACAAAUCUUGCCGAAGGAGCCAAUUUCAUGGCAAUCCGCUUGAUCAAUGAACUAAAGAGUGUUGAGUCAAUUCGGCCAACUGACCUUCCGCCAACGGUUCAUGAUUAUCUUCAGCGACCAGAGGUGCGUGACACGAUCAAUACCAUUAUGGGCCAAGGGGCAGCAGAUAAUGUGCUUGUGCCCACUUUGAACAUCGGAGUGAUCCAUGGUGGUCUCAAGGUCAAUAUGAUCCCUGAGCAGUGUGUUUUUCAAGCAGAUAUCAGGUUGCCGAUCGGGCUGAAGGCAGAAACCGUGUUAGAUCACAUAGAUACCAUUUUGCUUUCAUUCCCUGACGUCAGCUACACUAUCCAGCGGGAGGCAAGCAACCCAGCCUCCUUUUGCGAUGCAAACCAUCCUCUUGCGCAAACGAUGGCCAAUAUGGCCGAGGAGGUGACUGGUAAACGACCAGUGGCGAUUCCGGGGCUCGGGGCUACUGAUUGUAAAUUCUGGCGCUAUAAAGGGAUUCCUGCUUUUGUCUAUGGUGUUUCGCCUCAAAGUAUGGGAACAGAGAACGAACGCGUGCUGAUUGAGGAGUUUUUAAGUGUCGUGAAAGUCCAUGCGAUCACUGUUCUUGAAUAUCUAUCCACAAGGUAG